GGCGGCGGGUCUGGCUGGCGGCUGCGGUGGCGGCGGGCGGGAGGAGAGUGCCCCGUGUGCACGUGUGGAGAAGCGGCGGCACCAGCGCGGCGGCGGGCGGCACCCCCGCCCCCUCUGGAGACGCAGGGCCGCGCUCGACUCUCGCGGCCUCCGUCACCCGCUCAGCUCCCUGCCCUAAGCGAGGAGGCCGGCUUGCGGGGUGGAGUGGCCCGAGCUGAGGGCGCGGAGAGCUCAGGGCGGCGACGACAACGGCGUUGAUAUCUGUGGUAACAACGGCCUCAGCAGGCGGGGAAGAUGAAAGGCCGGAUCGAGCUGGGAGAUGUGACACCACACAAUAUUAAGCAGUUGAAGAGAUUAAACCAGGUGAUCUUCCCAGUCAGCUACAAUGACAAGUUCUAUAAGGAUGUGCUGGAGGUUGGCGAGCUAGCAAAACUUGCCUAUUUCAAUGAUAUUGCAGUAGGUGCAGUAUGCUGUAGGGUGGAUCAUUCACAGAAUCAGAAGAGACUUUACAUCAUGACACUAGGAUGUCUGGCACCAUACCGAAGGCUAGGAAUAGGAACUAAAAUGUUAAAUCAUGUCUUAAACAUCUGUGAAAAAGAUGGCACUUUUGACAACAUCUAUCUGCAUGUCCAGAUCAGCAAUGAGUCUGCAAUUGACUUCUACAGAAAGUUUGGCUUUGAGAUUAUUGAGACAAAGAAGAACUACUAUAAGAGAAUAGAGCCCGCUGAUGCUCAUGUGCUGCAGAAAAACCUCAAAGUCCCUUCUGGCCAGAAUGCAGAUGUGCAAAAGACAGACAACUGAACAAAUUACAGAUGAACUUUCUUGCACUUGCUUGUCGCCAAAUAAAAGAGAGGCCCAUUGAUUCCCCCCCCCCUUUCUUUUAAACCUUUCCCCCUUCCUUGUUCUUGUGUUUCCUCCUUUCAAAACUUCCUUCCCUUUCCUCUAAAAGUUUUAAACUUUUAAGGACUUAUUAAUCAUGUUUGGAUUGUUUUAGUUUUCUUAUUUUUGUGAGGUGGUUUGAUUGUAGGAAGGAGAAGGUAUAGAUCUGUUUAGUUUCACAGUUAAGAUAUAUGGUCCCAAAAACUUGAGUGUCAAUUUCAUUUUUUUUUAAUGUCCUGCUUUCACAUUGAAGGGCAGAGCCUACAAAAUAUUGUAUAUUUCAGAGGACGAGAAGCAGCAGCAGCAAUAUCUUGUUCUCUAACUCAUAGACAAGUUUAGUGUGUUCGUGGUACUUUGGGGUUUUCAAGAUUCUGUGGGAUACUAAUCCCUGUACAUUGCCUUCACUCCACCUUUUGUCCUUCUGAGUAUUAUCUCAGGAGUUGGACCAUUGUUAUCCUUGUAAGAAAUACUAAGCUUAUUUUGUUCUGUUAAGCAGUUAUUUCUUCCUUCCUCGCUGGUGGCUGACGGUGGGUGGGACAGUCUGAGUAGGUAGUAUUAUACUUUGGUCUCAGCAUUUGAGUUAAACUGCUUUUUGCUAAUGAAUGGGCUGGUUGUUAGCAGGUUUAUUUUUCCUGCUGUUGAUUGUUAGAAGUGGCAUUAACUUUUGGAGUGUGGGCUGGUGAGAUUAAUUUUUUUUAAUAUCCCAGCUAGAGAUAAUGGCCUUUAACUGACCUAAAGAGGUUUGUUGUGAUUUGCUUUUUUUUCUCCUGUCCUUUUUCUUUAGUAAAUCCACAAUAGUUAGUCAAACCUUAAAAAUGGAGUUGAUGUCCUUAUAGGUCAAUGCCCCUAAAUAAACCUGAAGCAGGUGUUGUCUCUUGGACAUAUUAAAAAAUACCUAAA